GUCACACAGAAAGUGCAACGAAAAAUUCUUGCAAAGAAAUUUUUUGUCAGUGUAAUUUGUACCGUAGUUGUGAGCUGUCUUUAGAUUUUCUACGAGCCGACUCGUAUCGUUUCCAGUUUCAGUUUCUGUGAAGAUGGUGUAAAACCUAUUUGAGAGCCUGAAAAUUGUACUGUGAUCUGGGUUUACAGCAUAAAAAUGGCGAACUCUGAUUAUCAGCAGGAAAUGUUGCAGUAUUUUGGAGAUCCACCGACUAAUCCCGCAGCUGAGCCGUCGACUGCGGCGGAUGAUGGCGAUCGCGAAGCGGGCGAAACAGACAACGAGAAUAUGUCAUUCUCCCUGCGCCAAUUCCACGAUGACGGCUUCAUCGACAGUCUGAUUAAGAGCAUUCCGUCCAUCGCAUUGAAUCCGAGCGACGUGGAGCGUCAAACGUAUCGCCUGAAGGACAUUCUGGAUCGCUACCAGGAACAGCCACAACUCGUGGAUCCUUUCCUGGGAAGAUGGGUACAGGAGCUGAUCGUUUAUGUGAAAGCCUAUGCAGACGAACCGUCGGAGUCCAGCAAGAAAACUGCGAACCUCAGCCUGACGGUUCUGCGCUUACUGACCAAGCUGCGUGGAUACAAAGUCAUCAUAAAAUUCCUGCCGCACAGUGUUGCGGAUGUCGAACAAUCGCUCGGAUUGGUUGAAGAAUUUAUGAAGCCAGUUAACAGUAUGUUUGAAGACUGGGAGCAGCAGUACAUGUUGUUGCUGUGGCUGUCGAUUGCCGUGCAGAUUCCCUUCGACUUAAAGAAAUUAACCGAUCUCGACGAUAUUGGUACACCUAGAAGCAUCGAAGCCAGGAUCUUCCAUAUCUGUCAGGUUUUUAUUACGGUUUCGGAAAAGACUCGCGACGCUGCGGCGUACUUGCUGUCUCGCUUCGUAACCCGACCUGAUAUGCUGCCGACCUAUGGAAAACAGAUGAUUGAUUACCUGUUGAAGACGUUAGAAUCUGCGAAAAGCGCUGAUGUGGUGAAGCAGCCGCACAUUUUGUGUGGUGGUUUGGCGGGAAUCGCCAUGAUCUUCAAAUCGGGCACACGAUCUCAUCUUUGCAGUUUAGCUGAAGAUUGCCUGCCAAGAUUGAUCGAGCUGGGCUUACUGGAUUCCCAGUUCAGCAUGGUGCGGAAGUACUGCACCAAGGCAUUUCAGCGGCUAGCAUUGACCUUCCUGCCUACGAAACUUCCUACAUGGCGAUAUAAACGCGGAUUUCGCAGCCUGGAGGAUAAUAUGGCUCCUGGCAAUCUUGGAGCGGGUGAUGUUCGUCCGAAUCCUAUGGGAAACGGCGUACAUUCGCCAUUUGAGGAAAGUGAAACGGAAGUGUCGGCAUAUGUGGAACAAGUUAUUGGUUUAUUGCUGCAAAGUUUAAAUGAUGCUGAUGGAAUUAUACGGUGGUCGGCUGCAAAAGGAAUUGGGCGAAUUUCGGAGCGCCUACCACAGGGAUUUGCCGAAGAUGUUCUGAACGGUGUGCUGAAUCUGUUUUCGUAUGAACGAUCGGAAAACGCCUGGCAUGGAGGAUGUCUGGCGUUGGCGGAGCUAAGUCGACGCGGCGCAUUGCUUCCUUUGAGAUUUAGUGAUGUGAUGCCGGUGGUUUUGAAAGCCCUGUUAUACGAAGAACUGCGUGGGACAUAUGCGGUUGGAAGCACCGUGCGUGAUGCCGCUUGUUAUGUCUGUUGGGCUUUUGCGCGAGCUUACGAACCAAAGGAUUUAGAAGAGUUUGUUAUGGAUGUUGCAAAGCAUUUGGUUCUAACUGCACUGUUUGACCGCAGUGUCAACUGCCGUCGUGCGGCAUCCGCUGCUUUUCAGGAACAUGUUGGUAGACAGGGCAAUUUUCCUCGUGGAUUAGAUAUAAUUCCGAUCUUGGAUUUUGAAUCGCUAGGCCGGCGUUCGAAUACGUACAUGAAGCUAAGCCCCAUCAUAGCAAAGUAUCAGGAGUAUACUUCCGUUAUACUGGACUUCUUGCUUUCUCAUCGUCUUGCUCACUGGGACGUUGCUGUUCGCGAAUUAGCUGCCCAAACACUGUUCUCAUUGACACCUGUUGCACCGGACUACAUGAAACAUUGCGUUGCACCUGAGUUACUGAAACGAAUCGGAAGUAACCAUAUAUUUACUCGGCACGGAGCAAUGAUUGGCUUAGGAUACAUCUGUGAAGGACUGCAUAAUUGUGGGCAGUUUGAUGAUUACCUUGCUAGUCAGGUUGAAUCUGUGAUACUUCAGAUCAAUCCAAAAGAUGUGUUUCGCGGUUUUGGUCAUGAAUUAAUCCGCCAGGCUGUGAUGAGUUUAAUCUCCCGAGUAAGCAAUGCUGAACUGCCGCUUCAUAACAAACCCCAUUUAUUAGGCCAAAUGGUCGAACUGGUUCAGUCGAGUGUCGUUGCGGACAAUCCAAAAAUCCAGGAAAUUGCAGUUAACACACUGCAGUCGUUACUGAAGACAUACGGCACUUGUAUGUCUCCGUCUGAUCAGAACCGCACCUUGCAAGAAGCCUGUCUGGAUCAAGUGCUGCAUAAUGUGAAAUCUUCAUCAGAGCUUAUGAGACGAUACUCGGUGUUGGUCCUGUCCGUGUUCUCCGCCGAAUUCGCUACAAAAAAUCUUAGCGUGAUUACCAAUACGAUUGCGUCCAUUUGUCCACGGUCAUCGUGUCCGGAGCCGCAGUGGGUGGAUUGCCGGCGAAACUGCUGCCGGUCACUCGAUAGGUUACUAGGAGCUGUUCCUGCCAGGGCUUUCAGCAGUGAAGCAUUUUCCGAAGUUGUAGAUUUUCUGGGUGAUUGCUUGUCGGACUACACUGAAGACAAGCGUGGUAACAUUGGCAGAAUAGUGCGGUUGGCUGCUAUCGAUACAACACGAUCCAUUAUGACGCGUAUCGCCCGGACGGACCCUCUGGUACUUACUCCGGAAAGGCUUAAUACGGUCGUGAUAAACUUACUACGGCUAUUUGCCGAGGGCAUCCCAGACUUGCGGGCGCGUGCUGGGCAGCUUCUCCUGUAUUUAGUGAAAUCGGAUGAUAUUCCCGAUUUCUCUGGCAAAGUAGCCAUGCGGGAGUUAUUAUGCCGGUCGCAUGCACGCACUGCGGUAUGGACGAUGGGAUCGCGUACCUAUCCGUUAGCUGUUAGUCUGCUCUCCGUGCCGGCAGCCGAAAUUCGCUCUGCCGUGAUGCUGGGACUGAUAUCCAGUUUGGGCAGUCUAACCGAGUCGACGGUUAGGGAAUCGAGUGCGGCGUUUCGGACCUACGCUCGGGAGCAUUCCCAGGAUUUGUCAGUCAUGGUGGCGUUGGUCGACACACUGAAGCAAGCUGUAAAGCAAGCCAUGAAGGAAGACAGACUGGUUUUGCCCGCUUUGAAUACAUUGAAACAAAUCUUUGCCGGUGGUGUAUUUUAUCAGAAUGUGGAUGAAAAAGAGCCACAAUUGCUGAUAGACCUCCUGAACGUCGUUCAGCACUUACGCUUAUCGCAGAGCACAGUGAAAGUGGUGGCACUGGUCGAAGUAUAUGCUGAAGCACUGCAAUUUGCUGAUCCGAUUAGGAAAUUCGCUCUGGAGCGACUGCUUCCGUUUUUAUCUCAUGUUUACCCUCGGGUGCGCGUGGUUUGUGCUACCAAGUUUCACGAAAGUGUUGUAACAUGUGAGGAAAUUAUCCCGGAAGAACAUGCGGACACGAUAUGUACCUUGUUAACUGAAUCGCCUUGGGCGCAUUCUUUGGAAAAAUCACAGGAAGUUUUGGGCACUAUCGCUGGUAUGUUACAUAUGAACAUCAGGCCCAUGCAGCUGAAGGUGAAAAAGACUAAGCCAUAGAGUAGAUCUUAAGCAGUUUUUAUGUGAUUGUACGAGAUAUUUAGGAUCCUUUUAUAAAUUGCACAUGCGUUGUGAGUGACAAAAUCUUUUUUAGUUUUCUGUUGGUUUCUUAGGUUUCUUAGGCAAAAUCUUUUAUUUAUUCGUAAAACUGUUUUUACGAGUAAAUUACAAGUCGACGCCUUCUAAUUUUACAAUGUUCCUGUUUUCUAUAAAAAUGAACAAAUGAAUUCACAGAAGCAACUCUCCAGGCGCAAACAUAUGGAAUAAAAAAUUGUAGAACAAAGGCUG